CUUCGGCCGCUCAUAAUCACAAAGCCCUCGAGUCCUGUCUCCAUGUCCUCCAAGAACCGAAACAAACAGUGCCUUCAAAAUCUUUAAAAAGCCAAGAACGUCCCCAAAUGUCGUUCUAAAUGGUUCAUGCAAAUUCAAAGAAGAAGUUGCGUUGCAGAUUUGUGUAAAUGGUGGAAGGAGAAGAAAAAGCUUAUCACAGAGAGUCGAACACAAGCUGGGGUUGGCGGUUAAUUCUGUUACUAUAUAUAUCUCUCGUCGCCGCAGCUGCUACCCUCACUCUGCUAAGAAACUUCAACCGCUACUUCCAUUCAAGUCAGGUGACUCAGGUCUCGGGUCAACCCGGACCUGUAGUACAAAACUACGCCAACGCUCUUCAACUCGCCACCCAAUUCUUUGACGCCCAAAAAUCUGGGAAGCUGGUGAAGAACCGGGUCGCGUGGAGAGGGGACUCGGGGCUCCAAGAUGGGAGUGAGGAGGGGUUGGACUUAUCAAAGGGGAUGUAUGAUGCUGGUGAUCUUUUAAAGUUUGGGUUUCCUAUGGCUUUCACUGCAACAGUUUUGUCUUGGGCUAUUCUUGAAUAUGGGGACCAAAUGAAAGAGGUGAAGCAAUUGGGUCAUGCCCAUGACUCGCUGAAGUGGAUCACUGAUUACUUGAUCAAUGCACAUCCUUCCCCAAAUGUGCUCUAUAUUCAGGUGGGUGAUCCUGAAUUAGACCAUAAUUGUUGGCAAAGACCUGAAACCAUGACAGAGAGAAGGCCUCUAGUUCAAAUCAACACAUCUUUCCCAGGAACAGAAGUGGCAGCAGAAACAGCAGCAGCUAUGGCAUCAGCAUCUCUUGUUUUCAGGAAAAUCGACUCCUCAUACUCAAAAUCGCUCCUCAAGCAUGCUGAGCAGCUGUUUAAUUUUGCCGAUACUUAUAGAGGUUCUUAUAGUGUCAGCAUACCCCAAGUGCAGGGGUUCUACAACUCUUCAGGAUAUGGAGAUGAGCUAUUGUGGGCAGCUACCUGGCUCUACCAUGCAACUGGAGAUCUGGACUACCUCAAGUAUGUGACCGAACAGCACGGGCCGACAUUUGCUAUAUGGGGAAGUCCAUCUUGGUUUAGUUGGGAUGACAAGCAUGCUGCAACUCAGGUUUUGAUGUCUAGGAUAAGUUUCUUCGGUGCAAUAGAGCUCCCUAUGGCAGAGAACCUUGAUCUCCAGAUGUACCGAAAAACUGCAGAGGUCUUCUUGUGUGGACUUAUACCUGAUUCGCCUACGGCCGCACCUGACAGAACAGACAAUGGUCUGAUAUGGGUGGAAGAAUGGAACUGUCUACAACAUGCUAUGUCUUCAGCCUUUCUAGCAGUUCUCUAUAGCGACUACAUGGUUACGUCUCAGACUGAAAUGCUGUAUUGUGAUGGGAAAAUUUACAAACCUGAAGAUCUUCGUAGCUUCGCCAUCUCUCAGGCAGAUUACGCGUUGGGAAAAAAUCCGAUGAAGAUGAGUUAUCUUGUAGGGCAUGGGGGUAACUACCCUCAACAAGUGCACCAUAGGGGAUCUUCCAUUCCGGUUGAUGCAGACACUGGCUGCAGAGAUGGGUUUAAAUGGCUGUACUCCCCCGAUCAGAAUCCAAAUGUAGCUGUUGGUGCCCUGGUUGGUGGCCCUUUUCAGAAUGAUAGCUAUAUGGAUAUCAGGAACAAUUCAAAGCAAGGUGAACCAAGCACUUACAAUAGUGCUCUCAUUGUUGCCCUGCUGUCUGGCUUAGUUUCCACUUCUUCGGUGCCCAAGCACUUAUAAUGAAAGCACUUAGCCACCUUGUAUCAUAUGUAGAAAUUUUGUGUGUACUUGUUUAUAGCUCCUACCCUUUUUAGUGUUAGAGGUAGAGAAUCUCAUAGUAAUACCAGAAGUGAUUCUGACCAAUUUUCCUGGAAGUGUAAAUAUGAGUUUCAGUAAUGUAAGUAGUUUUUGUUGAAAUGCCAAUUCAUUUAGUUCAGA